UAAAAAAAAAUGGCGACUGCUUACUGAUUUGUUCACGAAAGACCAGAUUUUCAUUGAUCUCGAGAAGAUGAAUCCCCUUCGUGCAGUAUGCUCAACUUCACCGACAUUUGUGAAAUCAUUGCUGCUCAUUCCAAAUCAUGUAAAGAGUAAUCCUCUUCGUACAUUUAGUUCUACAAUAACAGCCUUGGUGAGGUCUCCGCUACUCAUUCAGAACCGUUCAAGACAAGUUUGUAAAAUGGAGACACCUAAACGAGACUUGUCGAGAUUAUUGAAGGGAUUCCUACAGCCCAAAGAUUCGUUACUUCAAGGGACUCCGUCUGUAACUGUAGAACAACCAGUGUGUGGUAUGGCUUCGCUUAUGCAAAUGCAUCGGAACGGCCCGCCUAAAAAGAAGAUGAAAGGGCUUAGGCACCCUCUUGAAGGAAAUCCUCAACUCAAAGGAGUAGUAUUAAAAACACUUAUAAAAAAGCCAAAGAAACCGAACUCUGCUAACAGGAAAUGUGUGCGUGUGAAGCUCAGUAACGGAAAGGAAGUAACUGCUUAUAUUCCUGGUGAAGGACAUAACUUACAGGAGCAUAACAUUGUGUUAGUCCGAGGUGGUCGCAUGCAGGACCUGCCCGGAGUAAAACUUAAAUGUGUACGCGGGAAAUAUGAUCUUGCUCAUGUAAGAAAGGACAAGUAAGAAAGAUUGUGUUAGGAACAUUUUUAUAUGAGGAUUUGCCUUGAUAUCACUUGGAAAGAUUCUUUAGUUGUGUGUGCAAGAGAAGUGCCCAGCCUCCGUCAGGUUCAGAAUCCACUGCAAACUUGGUUUUGUCAGACUUUAUGUGAAUUGAUUUGAAAUAAAUUGUAAAAAUGA